GACUCAUCGAAUCGCAUGUUGUGAAGGUCAAAAAGUGCCGUUGAAACCAUAAUGAGGUUUUGGAAAAAUUAUAUUGAAUAAUGAUAAUUCGGUUCCUGUGGGAUUUCGAGGAGUUUUUCUUCGAUGAAUGAAGAAUGAUCAGAUGAGCAAAAACAAUGGAAACACAGAGGACAGCAGAAUCAGGCUUUGGAUUUUUAGCACGACUGGCCUCAAAGCCUCGUUUCUUGAACAUCGAAACUAAACUCUUUCCCAACGGUCUCUUGUCCAAACAGACAGUUGAAAUAUGUGGUGAUACAUCAACUUCGAAAACUCUCCUCCUGUCCCAACUCAUGACAAAGUGCCUCCUUCCCCCCGCAGUUGGGGGCCUAGGUGUAAAAAUCCUUCUUUUCAAUACCGACCAUCACUUCCUCAUGAUUAAACUCUUCACGCUGAUGUCCGGUAUCUUGAAGAAUAAUUGGGGGAAAUCUGACGAUGAAGCUGAUGAGAUGAUUCGUGAUUCCCUCUCCAAUUUGACAAUCAUCAACUGUUACAAUUACUCCCAAUUAAUGGUAUCGCUGCACUCGUUAGAUUUGAUCCUCUUGAGAAAUGGUGCUGUCAGUCUCAUGAUGAUGGACAGCAUCUCGUCGUUUUACUGGGUCCACAGGGAACGAAACGGUCUUUGUUCGUUGGAACAUUACGUGAAAGGACUACUUAAAAUCGUCCAGAAGCAUACGCUUCAGGCAAACGUCUCUCUUAUUUACACAAAAUCAUGUGAAACUGGAUUCACUGUUCGAGAGAGGAUCAAUUGCACUACUGAACCGAUUGUUGAGAGCAUCAAUCACAGGAUUAUUUUGGAGAUUGAAAAUAGGGAAUUUAAUUGUAGGGUUGAAACGUCUCGUGAACAGGAAAAUAUGCGUUUUAGAAUUACUGAUGACGGAAUUCAGUGGCUUUGAAAGAAAUUUCCAUGUAGCAUUUAUUUAAAUAUUAAGAUUUGAUAACAAUAUUUUGUCAGCGAUGUCCAUUGGCGUUAGCAAUCUACAACCAGCGAGAGUUAUUCGAGGAACAUUGAUGUCAUUUUGUGAUGACAAUUGUUCGACUAUUCUCGCUUCUUCUGCUGUCACUCCCCCCAACACGUAAAGAAUUAUCCAGGGAUUGUCCGCUGGGUGAUGCUGAACUCGUCCUUUUGUCAAUAAACUAUGAAAGAAUUAAAUAAAUGAAAUCUAAAUUUUACUAAGAAAAUUUCUACUAAAAAUGAUUAAAUUUACAAGUAAAGCCUCUCCAUUGAAGAGCCAUGAAAAAACCCAGGUGAUGAAAUAAAAGAAACCAAAAAUUAUUAUAGUAAAAUUAUAGUAAUUACUUGAAUCCAGCAGAAAUAAACGACGAAGUUUUCAUUUUCAAA